AUGUUGAACACCACAACAACCCUGACCCACGCCACCCCGCUGCCGACAGGCAUGUCGCGCGAGGACGCCAUCGCCCUCCUCCAUGAUGCCGAGCACCAUAUCAAUUGUGAUCCCAACAUGAAAGACUACACCAAGCGUACACCCGAGAUUCCGCCCACGGUGCCCAAGGACAUCGAGCCAGUCGCCGCGACACAGUGCUACACCGUCACCGACAGCGUUCCGACCCUCCUACCUAAGGGCAUUUGGGACAGCGACGCCGUCAGCGACUAUGACUUUACUUUCACCAAGGACGGCAGCUUCGUCCGCACGAGCUGUCCGCUUAACGUCGUACUGGAAACACGCUGGCGCAUCAAGGAUGCCAGUGGUGGCGGGCUGGAGCUAGAGGAGGUUGUCGAGAUCAAGUGUUCGCGGUUUUUGGCGAGCGUCGUGAAAGGACAAUGCGAGGCGAACUGGAAGGAUUUCCACAAGAAGAUUCUGAAGGGCAAAGCGUAA